AUGGCUAUACCUUUGGGAAGACCUCUGAGAGUAUUUAAUAGUCAAUCUGACGUACCUUCGAAUGUUAAUACACGUAUAGCGGGUGGUAAAAUUAUACAAGAAGUUAAAGAACCAUCAAAGAUUGUAAUUGAUGUAAGAGAAUUUCGUAGUUCAUUACCAUCACUAUUGCACCAAUCAGGAAUCGAAAUAUUACCAUGUACUUUAACAAUUGGCGAUUAUAUUUUAUCACCUAAUUUUUGUGUUGAACGUAAAUCAAUUUCUGAUCUAUUUGGAAGCUUUAAUUCAGGAAGAUUGUAUACGCAAUGUGAGGCUAUGUGUAUACAUUAUAAGCAACCCAUAUUAUUAAUUGAAUUCGAUAAGAAUCAAUCAUUUACAUUACAGUCUAUAAAUGAAAUCAAAUCAGAUAUAGGUAUGAAUGAUAUAUCAUCAAAAUUGGUAUUAUUAACAAUAACCUUUCCAAGACUGAAAAUUAUUUGGUCAAGUAAUCCUAUUGCUACCGUCGAAAUAUUUCAAGAUCUUAAAAAAUUGGAAGAAGAACCUAAUUUAGAAAUAGCGCAAAUGGUUGGGUUGGAUGGCGGUGAAACCGAUGAUCAUACAAUUGAAAGCGAUUACAACGUAGCUCCACAGGAAUUCUUGAGAUCAUUACCUGGAGUUACGACAAAUAAUUAUAGAUAUAUAAUGUCAAAAUUAAAAAAUUUAAAAGAAUUAGGUCAAAUAUCUAAAAAUGAAUUACAAAAUAUGAUUGGUAAUGAUCUUGGAAACAAAUUAUUUGAAUUCCUUAAUAAAGAUGUUAAGGAAGAGGAGGAAUGA